CUGUACGUCGCGUCGUCGCCCUCGGCCAGUCAGCCCUCCCGCGGACUACGGCUGCGCCUCCCCGCUCGACGUCGCUCUCCGCGCCGCACCACCACCCCGCGCUAGCGAGCUCCAAGGCGGCCUUAUAGCCGCUUACACGCGCACCGACUAACUAGAGGGGUCACCAUCGCCCAGCCCUUGCCCCUCCAGCCCUCCUACGCCGUCUCCGGCUGAACCGCCGCCGGAUCCGCCACCACUCACAGGCGCGUCCUUACCAUUCCGCGUCCCCCUUCUGCAGUGUCAACAAUCCUCUGGCCUCGCCUGGCCGUCCUGCCCUUAUAUCUUCAUCUCCCAAUCGCGCCCGGCGCCUCCCAGCUGUUUGCCGAAACGCCACCGAGGCACCAGAAUCGAUGGCGCAGGCCAAGAGGUACGUGCUGCGGCUCUUCAUCUCGCUCAAGUUCGUGACGGCCAACGUGGUGGACCGGCAGAGCGGGCGCGUGGUGGUGACCGCGUCCUCCGUCGAGAGGCCCCUCCGGGACGGGCUGGAGUGCGGCCGCGCCUGCAACGCCAAGGCGGCCGCGGCGGUCGGCGAGGUGCUCGCCAUGCGCCUCAGGGUCGACGGCCUCGCCCGGGAGCCCAUACACGCCAACGCCGACAAGGAGAUCGAGAAGAAGGGCUUCAAGAACCGCACCAAGGUCUGGGCCAUCCUCAACGCGCUCCGCACCCACGGCGUCAACCUACGCCUUGAUGAUGACGGCGAUCAUAGGCGGCAUGUCUGAAUAACACAGCACUGUAGGUCCUCAUCGCCAGACUGAAUUCCUGAUGGUGCUAGAGCCCACGACAAAUGAUCCGGUAAUGUUGGAGCUGAAGGUGUGGUGUCCCCAGUUCUUGAACUGCUUCCAUGAACCAAUAUCAUUUUCUGCAACCAGGUAGGAGUAUUAGUUUAGUCAGAGUUGUGGAAACAUGAAUCUUGCAACCAGGUAGGAGUAUUAGUUUAGUCAGAGUUGCGGAAACAUGAAUCUUGUCACGCCUUUAACUGUUAAAAACAUUCAGCAGUUCAAACUCUGUGUUGUGCCCCCUUCUGUAGAUUUAUCAGUUUUUCUACAUGUGUUUUUAGCCUGAUACUUUUUUAUCCUCUAUUCUGUGCAGUUUAAUCUGAGUAUUGUCCUUCUGGCAAGCAAACAGUACACAUGAUCCUUCUUGCCAUUUCCAGUGUAUGCCAAACCAUUGGCAAAGCUCCGUCGGAUCCACCUUCCCGGCCACAGCCACAAUCCCAGUAUCAAUAUCCGCUACUGACGUUUCGACUCCUAUCAACAUGGCGAUCAAAUAUUUUCAGAAAAAAUAAUCAAACGAGAGGAGUCAGAGAGGCUGUGUACCACUGAAACUUCCGAUGGAGGCCAUCGCCUUCUCGAUCUUCCUGACGCACCCCAUGCACCGGCACUGCAUGUCGACCUCGAGCCUGAAACGCCUGGUUCCCUGCUGCGAAGAGCCAAAGCUAGCCUGUCUUUCCUGAUUAGAACAGCAAGAAGCCAUGGAUUGGAUGGAUCAGGGAAGAAGAACAAGUUGAGCUUUCCUCACCGUCUCCAUGGCUGGUUUCAGAGCUUUGCCUGGGUGAUCCUGUUUGCGGGAGGCGAUUCGAUUUGGAGGUCAUGGGCGAUUUAAAUACAUGUGUGUCAAGUUCGUUUACCGAUUAAUCAAUGGCCUGAUGGCGCGAAGUUCCACGUGGUGUUGUGAAAUCAGAAGAGACACUCUGAAUUCUGGUGAGCCCGAUGUUCAUGCCAUGGAUUGAAGGAUUAUUCCCCGUUCACAUUUAGUCAAUGCUAUUUUUUUUCACAUUUAGUCAA